ACAAUAUAAACGUCGUUUUACUUGAUAUUGCAUCAUACUGUUGUUCAAAAUCAGGAUCCCGAACCCCCUGCUUCUUGGGAAGGUAUUCGAGAUGCAUCCAAAAAUGCCGGUGAUGUUUGUACUCAAUUGGAGCUUUUUGGAGCAGUGCCAUCUCAAACCGUUAUUGGCAGCGAAGACUGUCUUUAUCUUAAUAUCUAUAUACCACGCAGUAUUCAUCAAAUGAAAGGAAACCCAGUUAUGGUUUGGAUCCAUGGUGGAGCCUAUCUCGAGGGCAACGGCAACGAUGCUCAUUACCGUCCUGAUUACUUAAUGACAAAAGACGUUAUUCUAGUUUCUAUAAAUUACAGACUUGGUGCUCUCGGUUUCUUAAAUCUCGGCCACAAAGUAGCAAAUGGAAAUCAAGGUUUGAAAGAUCAAAUUGCUGCGUUAAAAUGGAUCAAAGAAAAUAUUGAGGCUUUUGGCGGAGAUUCAAACAACAUCACUGUUUUUGGAGCCAGUGCUGGUGGCUCUAGCGCGCACUUCUUAAUGCUGUCGCCGUUAUCUAAAGGUCUCUUUCAAAAAGCUAUUCUUCAGAGUGGUAUGAGCACAUGUGAUUGGGCGAUAAUAAAGCACUCAGUCGCUAAGGCUUUUAAACUUGCAUCAAUACUUGGUACUAAUUCUAAAGAUCCUGAGGAAGUUGUUCGCUUUCUUCAAGGAAAAUCUGCUGCCGAAAUUGUUAAAGCGCAAUAUACAGUUCUCACUCCAGAGGAAGUACGUAUUAUUUUUAUGCCAUUUGGACCUUCAAUCAAUGAUAAAGCAGAAAAAUCUGUUCUUCCACAUCCUGUUUCUGAAUUAAUUAACGAUGAUAAUAAUAUACCUAUCAUGAUUGGCAAUUCAUCUUACGAAUAUAUUUUCUUUCUUAAAGAUAUCAGUCAGCCGACUUUAAAUAUAAUGUAUGCAGAUAUACCACGAUAUAUGGAGAAUUUUAUAAAUUCACAGGAUUCUGAAAAGAUAACUCAGUUGACAGAUCGAGUUAAACAGCACUAUUUUCAUAAUAACCCAUUUACUGAAGAAAAUAUUCCAUCUAUUAUACAAUGGCUGAGUGACAUACAUUUUAAACUUCCUGUUAAAGAUUUCGUGAAUAAAAGAAGGAAAAAGGAUCAAGCAUCGACUUAUUUCUAUGAAUUUUCUUAUGUUGGUAGUCAAAAAACUCCAACAAAGCUUAUGCAUGAAAAUGACACUAUUAAUAAUUUGACAUCAAUAGGUGCCUCUCAUAUCGAUGAAUUGGCAUACCUCUUUUAUUUACCUAAUUGCAAAACUGAUGAUCCACCGGCAAGAGAUACAAAAGAUCGGAAAAUUUUAGAAAUUCUUACAAAAAUGUGGACCAAUUUUGCAAAAACAGGAAAUCCCACUCCUGUUUUAGACCAGUAUGUGACUACUACUUGGUUACCAGCAACAAAGGAUACUUUCAAUUGUUUAAACAUCGGCGAUACUCUUCAACAUGUAACGGUUUCCGAAGACAACAUAUUGUGAGAAUUAGAAUUGUAAAAAUCUUAUAAAUGCUUUAAGAUUCCUGCAGAUUUUUUAAAGCCUUCUUUAUAAGUAUGUAUAUAUA